AUUAAAUUCACUGUGAAGUUUAGUACUUUCAAAUUUUUUGUAAUUAAAUGUUAAUCCCGCCGUACAUGGCUAUUAAAAUUUAAUUUGCAUAUCUAAAUCAAACAUUUUCAAAAAAAAAAAAAUGUUUACGAUAGAUAAAAGCGGUGAAAUGUCUAGCGUGUUACACGUGGAUAUUCCACGUUUAAAAGGGAAGUCUGUGGAUUCUUUAAUUCGAGAACAUGGCGAAAAGAAAAAUCUUAUGGAAUUGCACACCUUAUUAGAAAAUACUGAUACAAGGACGCUUCUGGCAAUUUUGAAAUCGAAGUUGGGACGGAAUGAUAGUGUUUCGUUUUGGAGUUAUUUGCUUGAAGGUCUCAGCUUUGGAUAUAGCAGUCGUGAUAUUCUUAAUAAGCGGUUUUCUUGCGUACAAUGUAUGCUCGAAGGCUUACAAAAAGUUGAACUAAGAUACAAGCUUAGCUACGAUAUCAUAAUUCGUUUAUGUCAGUAUAUACCUACUUUUCCUUCGGAUCAACUAAUUACUAUAUUGGAAUUAUGUAUCGAUGGUAUACGUAUGGGCGAUCGUAAAUUUGUUUGCUGGAAAGAUUUGUUACCAGAUGUGUUGAAUGUAUUAUCGGAGCGGGAACAGGUAAUAAAGGAUGGGAUACAGAUGGAUGGAUACGAGUUGCGUGAGAACAUAAUUCGUUCCUUGAUGACUAUGCCAUGGCCUAAAGAAAUUGCAACGCCAAUUGCAGACAUGCUUAAGGAAUUGAAAUUGACUAAUUCCGAAGUGACAGUUGUGCUCAGCAAAUUUGGGGGAAUGAUCCAAUCGUUGAAUCCAACUGAACUUCCAGCUUUGUCUUUUCAGUUAUUUUCUUUAUGCACGACUAGCACAGAAGUUAUAACAUUACUACUAGCUUUCGAAAAAUAUUUUCAUCGUUUCUAUUAUAAAAAACUGUUCGCUGAUAUGCAAAGUAAUUCAACGGACUAUGAUAGCAUUGAUACGUAUUCGGAUAACGAGCUCCGUGAGGCUGAGGAGACAAUUUUACAUCAUUUGAAUUACUGCACACAGUUUAAAUUUGGGGAAACGCAAAUGUAUUCGGUCCUGAAAAAUUUUAGUUCUGUUCCUGAUUUAAUACUGACUCCAUUUAUGUUAAGCUCCAUAAUUUCUUUGAGCUCAACAAAUCGAGAACCAGAAUCUCAAUGUUCAAACACAUCGGUUCUACUUAACUUUCUCCGAAAUGUUAUAAAUAAUAAUCAGCACGAAGAAGAAAUGGCAAAAUAUUCGGUUUGGUGCCGUGAUACAUUGCAACGCAAGCAAGUUAAUUUAGAUUACAUCCUUACUGUGCUUAUAGAUCAAAAUAAACAAGGACAGGAUGUUAUAACUCCUGGUUUGGUUAGUAUGGCUUUUACUUUGCUCAAGACAAAGAACAACGGCCCAUUAAACUCGCUGGCUAUGCAUUUUUUCACAAAAUUUAUACGCAAGCGAUUCAUUUUCGGAAAGGGUGUAGUAAAGAAGUUAGCAGAAUGGAUGAUACUCGAACAGGAUCAGUAUCAAUUCGGAGAGUGUUUAUUGAUGCUAAGUGUAGCAGAUUCGUUUACACUUUCGGAGUGCGAUAAAACUAUAAAAUAUAUAAUGGAAUCUUUCUUGUGGUUGCCAGGAGAUCAGUCAAUGAGAAUGAUGUCAUUUAUAUUACCCCUGCUAAAACUUUCUGCAGUUGUGCGAGAUGCAUUCAUUGAAGUUUUACGUAAAGCGAUAAUUUCAUGUUCACAAGAUAUUCGCACAAUGGCUAUUUAUGGUUUCUGUAUGAUUCUUAAGCAGUUGAACAGCAGCAAUUCUGUGCGAACUCAACUAAGUGCUUCCAGUUUCUGUACACAACACAGUAUUUCUACGUUUUCAUUGAUGUCUCAGGCUAUGGUUAAUCGUCCGAACUGUUCUCGUAAUUUUGAUAUGCUAACUUUGGAAAUAGUAGGACAGCUUAGGAACUGUCUGUCAAGUAAUAUUACCAUGAAACGCGUUUUAUAUGAAAACUUGCAGCGUGGAGUAGAGCUUAAUCCUAAGCUGGUCCCGCAUGUGUUACAAUUUAUUGAUUGCCAUUUUCGAUCAUUCUUUCGAGUAUCUCAUGAUAAAAAGGACAUUGAAGACUACUGCAUUUUAUUUGAAAGAUCAGUUCGCUCAACUACAGCGAAGGCCGAUGAAUUAGAGGUCCAAGACAAUAUUGGUCUCUUAAUACAGCUUGUUAGCCAUUGUUUAGCAAAUUUUCAACAAUUCGAAAGUGAAUAUAAUGUAAGUGAAAUAGUGCGAUUGCUCCGCUUGGCUGUGACCAAGGUAAUAAACAAGGAUACGUAUUUCGAGGAAGAGAGCGACAACCCGCAAUAUACAAAAACCGCGUUAGUAGAAGAACAUAUGAACUUUUUGGAGGGAUUGAUAUCAUAUUCUCUGCUCGCUUCACAACCACAUAAUUGCACUAUACAAUACAUUUUACCGUUAUUCAAAGCUCACUGCAAGGUCAGUGAGAAAUACAAGUCAUAUGCAAGUUUAUCAACGAAGCAGUCACAAAAAAAUCAUAGAACUAAUAAAGUUGAUGGGUCUACCAUUAAAAAUUUAGCCAUCAAUGGAUCGGUAGUCAAGAACUCUAAAAAUCCUAAUAUGGCAAAUAUUUGGGACUUACCCAUUAUAGAAAAACUUCUACGACUUCUCCAUGAAGAUAAUGUGCGGUUUGCUACAAGUGAUAUUACCGAACCGUUGCGAUCGAAUGUUGUGUUCGUGAAGUAUGUAUUAGAAGUAUCGGCCGAAAAAAUGGAAGCUUUGCGGAAUGAACCGGAGUACAAACAGUUAACUCAUAGUAGGCGUACUUUGAAAUACCUUACAGAUGUAACGAAAAUUCUAUAUGAACGAUGUAUUUUUCGUUUGCGUGACAUGUGGUCUAACUUUGAUAAAGAGGUGGCAGCUUUGUCUUGUGAAUGCUUCCAACAAUGCCUACAAUCUGCAAACGCAAUUUAUAAGAAAAAUUUUGUUGAAAUAUAUAUGAAAGGUUUCGAUUUUUAUGCAGUGAAUCGCAAUAAGCAAUGCCCUGAAGUUUUACACAAUAUAAUAGAUGAAUUUAUGGAAGAAGACCAGUCGUUUGACCCAUCAACUUUAAACCGAAACAGCGAUGAUAGCAAUUCAUAUCGGGAUCGCAUAUUACAUGCUUUGAUCCAGUGUCUUGAAGUACUUUAUGAUAACAUUAUGUAUGAAGAUAGACUGAGUAUUGUGUCAUAUUCGUGGUUAUUUAAGUUCUGUCAAAAUUACAAGGUAAAGUCUGAGCACAUGAGUUUAGUGCAUAAACUGUUAUUUACGCAGCGGCAGAAAACACAUUCAGGAGCGUUCUUCGACACGAUAGCUUUGCAAUUGUGCAACAUAUGGGGCGCCAUAUCGGAUGAGCUGUAUAAAACCAAGUGUCCUUUGCAUUUUACUCUGAAGUCGUUGACCGUGGAAAGUGCUGGAUCAUACUUCAACUAUUUUUGCCAGGCUAUGUUAAAACAAAUAGAUGAUGUAGAGCAUUUUAUCGUAAAAACAAACAAUAUAAAUUUUAAAUACCGCAUAAUAACUGAAGAUGAACGUGACAUGUGCCUUAGCCAGUUACGUUCGAUGGAACGAUCUAUCUGUUCGCAGCUGUUGCAUAUAUCAAAUGCGCUAAUAAAUGUAUUGAAUGCCUGUAUUCCGUUAGGCUCGUCUACGGAACAGUUGUUAAAACUCGUCAUGCAUCAUUAUGUAUGUCUAACGAAUCUUGCCAAACACUUUUUAUCCUCUGUUCAGUUAUCGCAAGUUUCCUUACGAUCAACAAAAUUCGAAGUUUUAUUGCGUGAUAUUGGUAAAUCACUUCCCAAAAAUAUUUACGGGCUCAUUACUUACAUUGAAGCAAAUGUUAUAGAUAAGGAACAGUUACACAUCAAACGGUCAAAUACAGAAAUAUAUAGGACUAAAAUAUUACGUGAAACUAAAUUACUACCAAAAAUAGUAUUACACUUGGAAACUUUCAGUCGAUUUGUGAUUGUUUUGUCAAAGAAAACUGAAAGCCGUUUAGCAGGCUUUCUUCAUCGAGGAACUGUCCAUGAUUUUCGGUUUCGCACUGAUGCUUUAAAAUCGAGUGUGGAGAGAACUUUGUCCCAUAGCAGUGAAAUAUCUGUAGAUUUAAGUCCAGAUAACAUUUCUGAAGAGCCAACUGUAUCUAUUCAAACUAAGAAAAAUAACAAGAAGCAAAUGAACCGUAAUGAUGGAGCCAAGACCGAUGAUGAAGAAAAAAAUGAAAGUAAUUGCGGUCAUUCUAAUGGCGAACAGACUACUAAUGUCAAAAAAGGUGAAAAAAGUCUUGAGGUCAAAACCAAAUUAACUAAAAAAGCAAAAUCGAAUUGUUCAAACAAAGUAGAAAAAAAGUCAAAAAGAAAGUUACGCAGCUGUGAAUCAAAUGGCGAGUUCGCUAUUGAUGAUGAUAUGAUUGGUGAACAAACAAAAUUUUCAUCGCGUCGUCGAUGUCAGGAUAAUAUGGAGCACAAUCAACUAACAGGUAAUGAAGAGGAUAGUGAGGCGCAAUCUUCCCCAACACCUGAGAAUAUUGAGGUUCUGGAGCAUGAAAGCAAUAGGGAUUCUGUUUCACAGCUGUACAAAAAUUUGACAAAAAUUAAUAAAAAGACUAAGAAGAGAACACAUAAGGAGAUUGACCAAAUUGAACCAGAGAAUAGAGCGCUUCUCAAAAAACGACGAAGGUGCCAUUCAGCUAAAAAAUAGAAUAAGCAAUUACUAUUUUUAUUUUAAUUUAAUGUAGUUUAUGAAAUGCUCACAGAAUAAAGACUAAUAUCCAAAAAAUGUUCUUCAAGUGCUAUAUA